AUGCAAGAAAAGAAACAAUCUCAAGUCUUAAAGAUCUCGGAUGAAAAUUUAUUCCUCCUUUUGAAUUGUUUUGUUUUGCAUAAUAAGAGUCGAAGCACAUUUCACGCCAUUUUCUUGCAUGUCAAAGCAUGUUUAGGUAAAGACGAAAGACCAGAAAUUGGAAAUUACUCGACAGAAGCUGGUUGUCGUAUGACUAAUUAUGUGAUUAAAAGUGAUUUCUACGAAUGUGAUGGCUUUAAGGCUCUUAAGAUUUUGUUUAAAUCAUUCUUCUCUGAUGAAAGUGCUAGCGAUGAACUAGAAAAAAAGAUCAGAGGUUUCAACUUACCCUUCCUGAAUAGAUUCACACGUGAGGAUUGUUAA